UCCUUUCUCUUUCACCUCAAACACGCCCCCACUCAGAUUUACCAAGUGAAAAAAAGAUUAGAAGUGAGAACGGCAUUUACUGUUAAAAUUGAGCUCAUGGUCAAGUCUCAUUCAAGGUCAGGUUCCACAAUCUCGACUUUUCUUUCUCUGCUCCCUUUACUCCUGCCCUUUUCCUAUACGAGUCUCACUUUUCUUUCCCUUUCGAGAUACCCUAGGAUUCAACAUAGGUCUCACAAACUCUCCUCUCAAUAUAUCCUUCUUUAAAAUUUCUUGCUCAAAUAAAUUAUGAAAAUAAAAUAAAAUAAAAAGAAGCAUACUUGAACAAAUCUAAAUGGAACAGAUCUAGUUCUAUACCUAGCAAAGUAAGGCGAUUUGGUUUCAUUUUGUGACUAAGGAGUACUUUAGGGCGUUGUCUUUAAUUUUUUUUUCUCCUCUGGGCCCCCAUUGAAGAGAUGGAUGAAAACAAAGGAGAUACCACCAAGAAACAACCCCAACAACAUUUAUCUAACUCACCAGAUGACCCUCAUGAUCAAGAUUCACCCGAUACUAUACCAGUACAACAACAACCACAGCCGGUAGUUUCUGGUGCUCCUUAUAAUAUUUCUUCAUCUCUCUAUAAUAUCCAAGGAGGUGCUAGUACUACUUCUGUUUCUUUCGAUCAACAACAACAACAGUUUGAAGUUGUGAACCCAAAGCGGCCUAGAUAUACUGCAAGUCAGUGGAAAUUCAUACCUUCUUCGUCUUCCCAACAACAACAGCAGCAACAGCAAAAACCCAGUAUAGUGAGCGCGGAGUCGAGCCCAAUAUCUCCUUCGGCCCACAACACUGCUGCUACCAAUCCUGCUGCUGCGUCGUCUUCGGACACAGCUUCUUCUCCUUCCCACUCUCCUCGGCCCUCAGCCUCGGGGCAAGAGCCGAGCAAGAGCGAAGGAGGAGGAGAACAAGUUCACCAACAAUUCAGGAAAGGUAAGUACGUGAGUCCGGUUUGGAAACCUAACGAGAUGUUGUGGCUAGCUAGGGCUUGGAAAAUUCAGUACCAAGUUGGUAGCGGGGGGUCAUCAUCAGAGCUUGUUCAUCUAGAAGUUUCUUCAGCACAACCAGCUGGUAGAGGCAAGACAAGAGCUGAUAAAGAUAGAGAAGUAGCUGAGUUUCUCAAUAGGCACGGAGUUAACAGAGAUGCUAAAACUGCUGGGACUAAAUGGGACAACAUGUUGGGUGAAUUCAGAAAAGUAUACGAAUGGGAAAGAGGUGCUGAGAGGGAACAAAUUGGAAAGAGUUAUUUUAGACUGUCCCCUUAUGAAAGGAAGAUUCAUAGAUUGCCUGCUUCAUUUGAUGAAGAAGUUUUUGAAGAAUUAUCUCAGUUUAUGGGUCCAAGAAUGAGAACUCAAACUAGAAUUGGUACUCAGUCCAAUAUUGGUGAAGACAUUCGUACAGCCCUCACACUUACCAAGUCUUUGCCUCCCCCUCCACCCUUUAGGGAAGAUGAACUUCAUCUCUCCGCAAGGGCAAAACAGUUGGUAAUGACAAGUGGAACAGAAGCAUUACUUCAUGGAUCAAGAAGUGGGUUAUUAGGGUUUGAAACACCAUCUUCUUCAUUCGAUGUUAUUGGGGGUGGUGCAUCUUCUUCCUCAUCGAAAGAGCUUCGUCGCAUCGGCAAAAUUAGAAUGGUAUGGGAGGAAUCAGUGAGCUUGUGGGCUGAAGAAGGUGAGCAUCACAGAGGUAGGGUAAAGCUUCAAGGAUCAAGUUUUUUAAAUGCAGAUGAAAUGGCAUUCUUGGAUGAUUCUAUGGUUGCUUCCACUAUGGAGGCAUUUGAAGAUGGACCCAUGAAAGGUUUUUCCGUUGAUAGAUUCCUAUCUGGAGUACAACUCAAAGUCUUUGGCAGGAGAAAAUCCUCUUCUGCACUUGCUCUUUCUGGUCCCAAUGAAAGAUUGCAGCUUCCCUCUUCAGAAUUUCCCAUCAGAUCAACUACUCCUUGGGAAUUUCAAGAUCCGACUGAGUACUAUGUUGGGUGUCUCAGAUCUCCUCCACCUACACUUCCAAGUUUAUUCGAGCUCUCGUGGCAUUUGCAACAGCCACCACCGGAGGAACUCCGUUUUCCGCUCCGGCGAGACGUGUUCAAAGACUUGCCUCAAGGGAAAGAACUAUUUUUCACUACUUCUACUGAGCUAUUAGACUGUAGAGGCAUCACUUAUGAUGUUCUGAGCGCUAUUAUGCGGUCAAACCCUAGUCUCACUGCUGCAACCGCGACCGAUAGGGACUCUUACAUUGGCCUGUGGGAUGAUUGCAUCAAUAGGAUAAUAUCAAAGUUUUGUUCCAUUGAAAUGGUAUUCGUACGGAAAUCUUCGUCAUCUCUUGUGGAAACCGUGCAAGAUCAAUGGCCUAAUGUUACUGCUUUCUUGAGGAAUUUUUGCUUGUGGAGAGGAGAAGAAACUGAUCAGUUAAGAGAAGGUCAACUAGAUCCGUCUUCUUCUAUUGUAGAGAAAUUUCUUUGGACUUACAUGGACCUUCCUUACGUGUUAGGUUACUAUGCAGUUGGAUUUAUUGUUACUUUCUGUGCCUUAAGUCGAUCACAGGACCGUAUCGUCCGAACCGAUCUUUACACAGUGGAUCUCUCGACGCCAGUUGAAAGACUAAAAGCUUUAGUCCCAUGUUGGAGAAUUGCCGGAUUAUUACCAUUAUUAGCAGACAGGUGCUUCCAUUACAUGAGCAGCAAUGGGAGUAAUUUUAAACAUCUUCCAUACACUGAUUUUGAGAGAACAGAUUUGGGUAAUGGAAAUUUCGUCGAGAUGACUCCGAAUACAGUGGUGAAAUAUUUUUCUAGUAAAAAAAAAUGGUUGGCAGUCAAAGAAAUAUACGAUUUUCUUGAUCAUAGAAUCCCACACGCGGAAUUUGUCGUUAGGGCAUCAGAAAAAGAUCUUGCAUUGGUGUUCAAGCCAAGAGGUUGCAAAUACAAGCCAGCAAACUGUGAUCAACUAAUAGAAGCAUUGAAACAAGUCACAAAAGCACUAGUCGCAUUACACGAUCUUUCAUUCAUGCAUAGAGAUUUAGGAUGGGACAAAGUCAUGAGGAGAAGCGACAGGGAGAAUGAGUGGUUCAUUACGGGUUUCGACGAGGCGGUAACCGCCCCGCAGCUGUAUCCACACGGUGGAGCAGCUAUAGCGGGUGCCUCCUCGGGGACGAGGCACCCGCCAGAGAUGGGAAGGAAUUAUCAUGGUGUGAAAGUUGAUGUAUGGGGAAUAGGUCAAUUAGUGAAGAGUUGUGGAUUAGUAGGGGUGCCACAGUUGUUAAGAGAGUUGCAGAAUAGAUGUUUGGACCAUAACCCGGAGCAAAGACCGACGGCUGCUGACUGUUAUCGACACUUGUUGCAGUUGCAGUCUUCAAUGUCUGCAACCGCCGCCGGUGGGUAUUGACAACUGAUUGAUGCGUGUUAUUUAAUACUAUUCCAUGCACCAGUGAAGCUACGUUAUUCUGGUUCAUUACGUUACUGUUCUUGACGUUUAACAUCACAUGGCUCUCUUUUAUUUCUUUAAUUAAGAAGCUUGUCUA